UCAUUAUUCAAUGUGUUUGGAAUCAAAAUUGUUAUCUUUUUGUUCCAUUGCAUUUUCGCACCACUCUGACCCAUGAUGCGGUUUGGUUAAGUUGGCUCUGGUGAUGUUGAUGAGAAGAUGAACAAUGGAAUAUUCAGAUAUUUCUUCUUGUCACGUGGCUUCUGUAGUUCUCUAAUCUCACCCCAUAAACCAUUUUCACUAAACCAUGACUCUGUUCCUCCCUCUACUUUGUUAUCCAAUGCUCUGCAACAUUACAUUAAUUCCGAGACUCCUUCUCAUGGCCAAAAGAUCCAUUCCCGCAUUCUCAAAACUGGGUUUUUUCCAAACACCAAUAUUUCCAUCAAACUACUUAUAUUAUACCUCAAAUGUAAUUGUUUGAGAUAUGCACGCCAGGUGUUUGAUGAUUUGCGGGACAGAACUUUGUCUUCUUAUAAUUAUAUGAUCAGUGGCUAUCUUAAACAAGGCCAAGUUGAAGAGUCUCUUGGUUUGGUGCAUAGGCUUUUAGCGUCUGGUGAGAAGCUUGAUGGGUUUACUUUUUCCAUGAUUUUAAAGGCGUCUACUUCUGGGUGUAAUGUUGCGUUGCUUGGUGAUCUAGGUAGAAUGGUACAUGCCCAGAUUCUUAAAUCUGAUGUAGAGAGAGAUGAAGUUCUUUGUACAGCUCUCAUAGACUCUUAUGUCAAGAAUGGGAGGGUUGCUUACGCGAGGACUGUGUUUGAUGUGAUGUCGGAGAAGAAUGUGGUGUGUUCAACAUCCCUCAUCUCUGGUUACAUGAAUCAAGGCUCUUUCAAUGAUGCUGAGUGUAUAUUUCACAAAACGUUGGGCAAGGACGUGGUGGCAUUUAAUGCAAUGAUUGAAGGAUACAGCACGACAUCUGAAUAUGCUAUGAGAUCUCUUGAAGUUUACAUUGACAUGCAACGGUUGAACUUUAGGCCAAAUGUUUCUACAUUUGCUAGCGUAAUUGGUGCUUGUUCCAUGCUUGCGACAUUUGAAAUUGGGCAGCAAGUACAGUGUCAGCUUAUGAAGACUCCAUUUUAUGCUGACAUAAAAUUGGGAAGUGCCCUUAUUGACAUGUAUGCUAAAUGUGGAAGAGUUGUGGAUGCUCGAAGAGUUUUCGACCACAUGCUUCAGAAGAAUGUUUUUUCUUGGACAUCUAUGAUUGAUGGAUAUGGGAAGAAUGGGUUUCCUGAUGAAGCACUUGAGCUAUUUGGAAAGAUGCAAAAAGAAUAUUGCAUUGUACCCAAUUAUGUGACAUUCCUUAGUGCUCUCUCGGCUUGUGCACAUUCUGGACUUGUGGAUAAGGGUUUGAAGAUCUUUCAUAGCAUGGAGAGUGAAUACUUGGUAAAGCCAGGGAUGGAGCAUUAUGCUUGCAUGGUUGAUCUGUUAGGACGAGCAGGGAGGCUGAAUCAGGCUUGGGAGUUUGUCAUGAGGAUGCCAGAGAGACCGAAUUCGGAUGUGUGGGCUGCUUUACUUAGUUCUUGCAGACUCCAUGGUAAUAUAGAUAUGGCAAAAUUAGCUGCAAAUGAGCUUUUUAAGCUGAAUGCUACUGGAAGACCAGGGGCUUAUGUUGCACUGUCUAAUACUUUGGCAGCUGCUGGGAAAUGGGAAAGUGUAACUGAACUUAGAGAAAUAAUGAAGGAGAGAGGAAUAUCCAAGGACACUGGUUGCAGUUGGGUUGGAACUGAUGGUGUCUUUUAGUUCUUAGGAAGGUGCAAAAAUUCACUAUGGCAAUUUUUUUUGUUGACGAGAUGACCCCUCUUGAUUGCUUCUCUUACUGUCAUGUCUUCUUGUGCUUCCAACAAUACUGUAAAGUAUUUAAACUUCAAAGAAAUAUGAAACAAUAUGUUUGAUGAAGUGGAAAGGCAACAGUGGCUUUAGGAGGAGGUUGCAGAAAGCAUGGUUCAAGGAGGUUAAUCCCAACUGACCAAAAAGAAAUAAAAACAUAAUGCAGUUGCUGGCUAUUUUGAGCCUGGUUGAAAUCAAGUUCGGAUACUUGGAAGAUAGGAUGACAAAAUAGAUCUAGAUCCUACGUGUAUCCGUAAGAAUACCCUCAUAUGAGACAGGUAAAUGUCCAUUUAUAUGAGGAUGGGUACACGUAUAGACUCAUAAAAUUUAGUGUGCCGGUAUAGGUAUUAUGAUACUCAAUUCAUCCCGUCUCGUAGUUAUAUAUAUAUAUAAAUUAUUAUAAUAAUAUAU